AUGGUCGGCAAAGACUGCGUUGCCAUCGCUUGCGAUCUCCGUCUCGGCAUGCAGGCAUUGACGGUCUCGAAUAACUUCCCCAAGAUCUUCUCUUACGGCCCGUCAACAUAUCUCGGUCUCACUGGUCUAGCAACGGACGUUCAGACUGUCUCCGACACAUUCCGCUACAAGGUCAACAUGUACAGACUGAGAGAAGAACGCAACAUCUCCCCACAGACGCUUGCCAACCUGGUGAGCUCCAGCCUGUACGAGAAGCGGUUCGGACCAUGGUUUAUCUCCCCGGUGCUGGCGGGCAUCAAUCACACGACGGGCAAACCAUUCAUCUGCGGCUUCGACAGUAUCGGCUGCAUUGACUUCGCAAAAGACUUCAUCGUCGGCGGCACAGCAAGCGAGCAGUUAUUCGGCACGUGCGAAGGCUUAUGGGAGCCGGAUCUGGAGCCAGAGGCACUCUUUGAGACCAUCUCCCAAGCGCUGCUCAAUGCCGUCGAUCGUGAUGCGCUCUCAGGUUGGGGUGCACACGUGUACAUUAUCGAGAAGGACAAGGUCACUAAACGGUUACUCAAGGGCAGGCAAGACUAA